AUGGCGAAGGCGACGGGCGGGCUCGACAAUAAGACCCUGAUCUUUGCCCGCUGGGUGGCUGCCUGCGAGGCGGCGAGCGCUAGCGGGCCGAUGUCCUUGCCCACGUCACCCAGCUCCGCGGUGAGUGCGCUCUGGCUGCGCUGCGAGCGCAGCGUCGCUCGCUACAACAGGCGCCGCGAGGAGGUCCGCUCGCGCCUCCGCUCAGCGUCCAAGCGCAACGGCAACACCCUCGCCGAGGCCGAGCGGGCGAUGCGCUUGCUCGAGCUCGAGUCGGCGUCGCGCUUCGCCUUCCCCACGAUGACCUCGACCGCGGCCGACGCGGGCGGCGGCGGCGGCGGCGGCGCCGCCGCCGCAGCAGCAGAGAUCCCCGCCGACCUCAAGCUCCUCGCCUUUGCGAUGGGGACGCACGAGCGGCUCGGCGCCUCGAGCGCCGUGCGGCUGCUCGACAUGGAUGCGCUCGGACUCAUCGCCGCGGCGGUGCGCGGGAAGCGCCCGCCGCCGCCGUCGGAGGUCGUCAAGCUGCGGCGGCUCGCGGCGCGGCAGCAGCGCGAGAUCGAGUACCAACGCAGCCUCCUCUCGCGCGCCGUCACGGACCUCGGCCACCGCGACCGCCGCGCGGCGGCGGCCGCGGCGGCGGCCGUGCAGCAGGCAGUCGCGGCCGAGCGCGAGCGGGCCGAGAAGGCGGCGGACGAGCUCCGCGCCAAGCAGGAGGCCGCGCGCGAGCGCGAGGUCGCAAAGGUGCGCAGGGAGGCGGCGGCGGCGGCGCGGGCUGCGGAGAUCGAUCACGAGCUGCGGCUCGGGCGGCACCGGAAGGAGAUCAAGGCGUACGCCGACUCGAUGGUAGACGAGGAGAGGCGGCGCGCGAGCGAGGCGGAGGCCCGCGCCGACGAGGCGUGCGAGGCCGCCGCCGCGCUGCAGGGCGCGAUCGCGGCGCUCGAGGACCAGCUCGAGGGCAUCUCGCUCGCGUGCAAGUACUCGGAGCUCAAGAAGAUGGGCAACGAGAGGCUGGCUGAGCAGCUCAAGUUCUACAAGCUGAUUGAGAAGAAGACCGGCUUCAAGACGACAGGCGCCGCCGCUUGGCUGCAGUCGCUGAUCUUCGAAAAGUUCGGGCUCGGCUGCAAUGACCUCGCGGAGGGUGACGCGGGGACCGACGGGCGCGAGUCGGACGGGCUGCGCCGCAAGGGGUGCCGCGAGACGGUCGGCGGCGGCGGGGCCAAGAAGAAGAAGGCGAAGCGGAAGCGCGGCUGGGUCUACCUCAACGACUGGGGGUGGGACCCGACGGACGAGUUCGUCAUCAGCCGGCUGAUUGGCAAGAUGGUUGCCGACGGCGGGGACGUGCCGGGGCGGGAGGGGGAGGAGAUCGCGGCGGGGACGGUGCUCUACAAGGUGCUGUGGGAGGGCUGGCCCCCGGAGAUCGCGACAUGGGAGGAGGAGGACCAGGUGCCGUGCGGGGAGGUCGACUUUGUCGCUGACUACGAGGCGGCGCUCGAGGCGGAGGAGGAGGAGGACGACGAGGACGACGAGGAGGGCGAGGAGGGCGAGGGCAAGGACGCUAUGGAGGCCUAG